AUGCCGUUAUUUGCUGGCUCAGCAAUUGCUCAGGGGCCAUAUGUUGGCCGAAUCGAUUGUUGGUCAGAGUGGAGACCGACAGAGGAGGAGUCACUGUGGUUACUACUCUCAGGAGCUACUGAUCCACCAAAAGAAAUUAAAAUUUCUAAAAGGAGAGCUCGAGAUGUACGGGGUGAUGGGAAUGGCGCAUUUCUUGCUGGUGUGAGUCGAGAUUUGGUCAACAUGGAAGAUGUAGUUGGAACAAAGCUGUUCAAUACUGUUAAAGAUCUUUAUCUCAGUAAGGACGCAGCUCUCCGGCAUGUCACCAUGGUCAUUAAAAAAUGCAAGCAAACAAGGGCCCAUCCUAUGUUAUACUAUACUGGGCAUGGUGAGAUCGGUACUGGAAACUGGUGCUUUGCAGAUGGUACAAUCAGUAUCCAAGAGAUUUUUGACAUGGUGCCUGUGGGCUGUUUUUACCCACUGAUAUUCAGUGAUGCUUGUUACAGUGGCCACUGGGCAAAUUUCUGUCUGCGGAAAGGCAUUCCUGGUUUCCACUGCCUAGCAGCAUGUCCGGAGUAUUCAACGGCUCUUGAUACCAAAGGUGUGUAUGUUUCACAUGCUUUAUUAAUAUGAAAAAAGGAAAUAUUAAAUUAUAUUUUUAGGCGUAAAUAGCAUAUUCAUAUAUCUAAACUAAGCCAGUGGCGUCGUUUCCAGCUCGAAGUCUGCACUUAAAUAUUAAGCUAUAUGGAAAAUGCCCAUCGUGGUUAUUUCUAUUAACAGUGGAGCCUCGAUAUAACAAAGAGCCAAGGGAUUGGCAAAAUUUGUUCGCCAUACAGUGCAACCCCGGUAUAACGAACGAUUUUGUUGUCAACCUCAGUGAUAUCGUAAAUUAUAUAUGAAGAGAAAGUCCGAUAUAACGAAUUCCCGUUAUGUCGAACAAAUUUUGCCAUUCCCUUGGCAUUUCGUUAUAUCGAGGUUCUUUUCCACAUGUCAUUAAAACGGUUGAGCCUCCACUAACGGCCACCUCUCUACAAGGGUUUUUUUUUUUUCGUCCCCGCGGACAGUCCAUGACAUUGAUAAUUCUUUAAACCUCUCUACGACGGCAACAGCCACUAAAGCGCGUCCCCAAUUAACUGCCAAAAUAACCUCUCGACAACGGCCAGUUUCAAUUUUCAGCCACUGGCGAAAAAUUGAGAAAUGGUCAUUAUAUUUGAUCCGUAUGGCGCGUCGAGGUUUAAUGCCAAUCGUAUUUUGAUUGUGUUCUAUUCAUUCUGCUGCAGUAAGCUUAAGACGGAAUCCACCAGGAACUUGAGUAAUUUUAACAAUCAGUGGACAAAACCCUUGUACUAGAAUAAUUUAAAGAAAAUGGCAUUCUUUUUUAGAUUUUUCAAGGGCUAAAGAUGUAAUUAGUCAUCUGUAAUAACACCAAAGAAAUUUUCUCAUGGGUGUCCGGGAAAAUAAAAGUCAAAUUUCAAGAACUGUGAAAACACUGGUAAACUUCUGAAAAUUUCAUGUGUAAGAUGUAAUUUUGUGAAAUUUGACAUUUGUUUUCUCGGGCUCCCAUGAGAAAUUUUUUUUGGUGUUACUACAGAUUACCAAUUAAAUCUUUAGCCCUUGAAAAAGGUAAAAUUUUAAAAGGAAUGCAAUAUUCUUUAAACUGUUCUGGUACAAGGUGUUUGUCCACUGAAAAUUCAAAUUACUCAAUUUCCUGGUGGAUUCCGUCUUAAAUUGUCUACAAUACUUAUAGAAAAUAUUGCGAGACUUGCUCGUUUUGUCAUGAUAACAUUUUGAUUCAAAAGAUUAUAGAAGCUUUCCUUGUAUAUUUUAUCUCUUUAUAUCGUUUAUGAUUGGAUUACCAUUACGGGAUACGGUAAGCAUGAACUUGGCACUAUAAACAUGUUGCACUUCCUUAAAAAAAAAAUUGAAACAUAACACCCCUACCUCCCCAUAACGGCCCGCGGCCGCUCCAUAACGGCCAAUUUCUUCUGUCCCCACUAAGGUGGCCGUUGUGGAGAGGUUUGACUGUAUUAUUGGGGUAAAGAACAAUGGUUCUAUAUACGAUGACUUCGUUAUAUAGAGGUUUGUUAUAUCGGGGUUGAAAUUCUACUGACAUUCUUCUGCACUUUUCAAAAUUUUUCGUAGAUGAAGGAGGGGAUCUAACACUGUACAUGACUGGAAAGAAACUACGCCCAAGAACAGAGCCCAUGUAUAGUGGCGGAAAUAUACAGAACUUCCCCAUCACCAGUGGCUAUGGUACAAUUGAUUACGCUGAUUUCAUCAGUAGCCAUAUAUUCAAUAGUCAAAAGAUUUUGAUUUCCCAGAGCAUGCAUGAUUGGACCUUCUCAGGAAUUUUUGCGAGUUCAAAACUUUACAAUCCAAGACCUGCGACAGCUUGGGGAAUUAGAAGAAACUACGACGAGUUUCUUGCGUUCGCAAUUACUGAAUGUGAAGGGGUGAAUGGUAGGUCAAAGAGGAUAUACUCCCUUGCAUGUGAUGAGAAGGUUGGAUUCGGGGUGUUCUUUAUGGCUGGCUACGGCACGAAACAGGUCAUGAUAGAAAGCACGGAUGAUAUUAAGAAACAAUGGGAUGACGGUCUUAGUAUAACUUCAUGUGCUGCCCUAUAUUCAACAUUUUACAUCAUCAUGACAAAAGACAUUAAAGAAUACCAUGGUAAACAGCAGAAGUGGUUUACUUGUAGAACCUGGAAAGCAACAAAUGAUGAAAUACAGGAGGGAUACCAAGAAGGAAAAGGUAUCACUGGAAUAUGUUAUUCCAGUGGGCUGAAGCUGUAUUUUGUUGUGAUGACAGCCUCAAUGGGGGGACAGUGCUAUAGGUGGUUUCGCACGACUGAAGGAGAGGCCAGGAAUGAUUAG